AUGACGGACGCAGCAAACAAUUUCAAAGCCGCAGCCAAGCUCGUCCUCCAAGACCUCGACCCAGAAGUCAAAGCGAAGCGCCAAGAGUUCAUGGCCGGCGUGCCAAAAUGCUGCCUAGUAUUACACCUCCGAAAGCUGAAAAAGUUCAACCGUCAGGUUUUCAAGCAAAGCCAGUUUGUCGCGGCUCAAGAGCUGGCUUUUUCUAUCAAAGUCACGUGCCAGGAGCAAUCAAAGAGCACAAAACCUCGAAUUAUUCAGCGGGAAAACAAAAAGUCACAGGAAAAAAGCAAGAUAAAAGUAAAAACUUACGAUUCGAUAAUGGACGGCGAUGCUGAAUUGGUAAUUGACGCUACAAAAGCCUUCUCGCUCGUGCUCUCCAGAAAAAGCGACACUGAAGACCAUGAAAUCCAAUUCGACCUGAUUUACAUUGAAAAAAAUGACGAAGAAAGUAAUGAAAGAUCGAAAGAGCGCAAAAGCGUCUUUGCAGUUGGAAGCGCAUCAAUCAGUCUAAACGAGUUGCAAGAAGAAGCCUCAAAAGAAAAGAAUAUCGUCUUCAAAAUCAAGGAGCAGACAGUUUUCGAGCCCAGUUGUGAGCUAGAAGUCGAAUUUGUUUGCAAAUACGGGCAGUUUGGAUACGGCUUCUCUCAUCAGCUUGGCAGUAACGAUCGAACACCCUUUCAGAAUAUCGAAGAUAGCAUUUUCUUCCGCGUCAAUGGCGAAAACGAGCGAAAAGGACACGAUGACAUUCUAUUGCCAGCCCACAUUGGUCAUCCAGCGGUAUUGAAGGUCAAGGAUCCAGUGAAUAUUGGAAACCCGGCUGUUCGACAAGCUCUUUGGAAUUUAUCUGAAGACAGUCCAUGCUUCUUGGUAGACAGCGAACGAUCCUGUCGACUGGUCGAAGAUUUGAUGAAGACAAGAGGAAGGCUCGAGCAGAAACGACAGGAGUUCGCGCGAAAAAUGUCCAGAUCCGAGAGGAUGAAAUUCCUGCGCGACAACCUCUCAAGCAAUAAAGAAUCGAAGGGAGACGGAAGUGGACCCAGCUCUGGAGCUUCGCAAACUGGAGGACUCAAUGUGCCCGGCACCACUGUUCGGCGAACUUCAAAGCAGAACUUGGAAGAUUUCUUUAACAAAAUAGCAAACAAGAAUUUGCCAAAAUGA